AAUUGACAAUCAUGUCACUCCCAAAAUGAUUCCACGUCACUAAUUCAAAAUUUUUGUUAAACCAUUUUCAUGAUUUCACUUUUCAAAACAAUAACAAGGUUAAUAUCAUCGCCUCGAAGCACUAAUAAACGAAAAAUACAAUUACUUUACAAAUCCCUCUUCAAAUUCCAUCCAUCCCCACUGUGUAAACCCGCAUUAGCAUUGCUGUGCUGCCCUGUGAGUGUCGCAUCAAAAAAUCUUCCUGUUACCCAAGUAAGUGAAUGGGACGUGGAAGAGAACAUUGGUCAUCUGAUGACGCUGGCAAGAAUUGCUUUGGAACGAGGAGAAGUGGAGAAGGCAGAGGCUAUUUUAGAAAUGGGGAUAAAAAUAUGUGAGGAGUACCAGUCCUAUAUGAUCAUGCCAUACAUGUACGAUAUAUUAGCAUCAAUCGCUUUUGCAACGGGCAAUUUGAGAAGAGCGGAAAUUUUGUUGGUGAAUGUAAUCGAAAAAAUGGUGCAGUUGGGAACACCCGAGAGCGAUAGCCUACUGGUUGACUUCAAACUACGCCUAACCAGAAUAUAUAGCGUUCACAACGAAGAUACUCUGGCAGAAAUAGGUUUCAAGAACUGCCUUGACCUACAGAAAUCCAAAAUACUAGAUGGAGAUACGUCAACUAGAACAGGGAUGCUUUAUGUGAACUGUCUCUUCUGGUAUGGUCUACAUAAAAUCAAAUGUUCAGAUUACAACUCUGCAAAACAUCUCAUAGACUCUGCAUAUAGCUUUUCCAUGAAAGUAAAAGGUUUGAGCCCCUAUCAAGAAAUGGUGAUUCUGGGUACUUUAGCUGAAUUGAAUACACAACUGGGAGAUUAUGAUAUUGCCCUGCAAAAUAUAUACAGCGCAAUACUUCUCGGGAAAGGUAUAGGAAGUUUGGACCUGCCAAAAUUUUAUUUGAAGCUUGGUAAGAUUUAUAUCAAGUUAGGUGCUGAUAGUACAGCCGAGCAAUGGUUGAAUGAAGCUCGCACGCUUGCUGAGCUAUUUGACGAUAAAGAAGUUAUUGAAGAAGUUAAUUCCAUCUUGAAACCAACUACUAGUCAAAGGUCAUUUUUUGGAUUCAAUAAAAACUAAAAAUUUACAAACA